AUGGUCCCAGCCUUGCGAGAGGCACUGAGAACCCUAGGUUAUGCCAACCCUUACCAUGAUAUUCCUGUUUGGAAAAUCCAAGUGACUGUGAGCACUGGUAUUCGGCUUUGUCCGCCAAAUAUGAUGGCCCUCUGUGGUGACUUUCCUGCGGCUUGCUUUGGCCCCGAACUGAUCAAAGCAUAUCCAGAAGCGAAGGUGAUUCUUACGUAUCGCGAUGUAGACGAGUGGUAUCAAUCUGUACACAAGACAGUACACUGCUUGGUUAGCAGUCGGCUCUGGGCGGUAGCAGCCAGAGUCGCCAGAGCGCUUGGGAUGCAAUCUUUCUGGAUUCAGCCAACGUGGCACAAGAUAUGGGAGGGCUUCUUCGAAGGUGAUUUUGAAACGAAUGGACGGAGAGUCUUCCGUGAACACUACGAGUUGAUCACACAGCUGGUGCCAGCCCGUCAUUUGCUCAUUUUCCACGUCCGUGAAGGAUGGGAGCCUCUGUGCGAGUUCCUUGGUCAGCCUGUACCGUCUACGCCAUUUCCCCGUGGAAAUGGCAUUCAGAGCUAUCAUCUUAGAUGUGCCUUCUUACUGCUCUACGGUAACCGUGUACGAACCCUUACGUUACCAUGUACGGCAGGACUUGUGUUGCUAGUGUGGGCGGUACUUGUAGCAUGA